AUUUUGUACUGAUUCAAGGAAUUGGGAGAAGCUUACAUGUCUUGGUGCAUGACAUUGCUCGAGCUUUUGAAGUUGUCAAGGUCUAGCAAGCGUUUAUUUUAAGCCUCAAUAAGUUCCACGGCUUGGGUUCUAGAGGAAAUGAGUCAGAGCGUCCCCGUUAAGAAUGACACGGAAGAUAGUUGUGGAGUACAAAAACUGUCCAACGCUGUGGAAGAACCGGCUGGAGAAGGUCAACUUGCCAAUACUACAACGAAUACCGAAGCUUUGAACUUUACCACUUUGCCUACUUCUAACAAGAAGCUGACUGACCGUUUGUUUUCGUGUGAUUCCCCAUCGAGUCAAGUAGCUGUCUUGAAGGAACAAACACCUCAGGGAAAUUUACCUUCUUAUUCUGCGUUCACAAAUGAAACAAAACCUUCUCUAUCGAAGAUUAAUUCUUCGGAGGAAUUGAAAAAGAAGAUUGAAAACAUUAAUAUGAGAGUUCGCUUCCUUCAAAGUCAACUUGCCGCGAAAGAAGCUGCACUUGAGUCUCGAAAGGAUUUUUUAAGUCAUCGGGAACAACUUGCAGCGAAGUCUAUACCCAUCUCUUGCUCAACUAGGAAAACUUUGAAGAUUGAGCCACCAGAACCUCUUGAUGUCACUGUAAAUAGGAUACAGGCCGAAAAUGCAAGAAGAAUAUCCGAGUCUCAUCGAUUACUGGACUACAACUUAAGUGGUGAAGAUUUUACAAGUUCGAAUAUCUAUGGGUUGCUGCAAGAAGGAACUUUGGAAAUACAAGGCUCAGAGGAAAGCAACCUACGAAGUCAUUUGGAGUCUUCUAUCCAAAAAGAAAAGGAUGCGCAGUUGGAAAAAAUAAAAACUCUAAGAGAGGAAUAUUUUACGUUGAAGGAUGCAUGGAUAGAGCGAAUAAAAAAGAUGGAUCGACAGAGAAGCAAAGAGGGCAAUAGUUCUUCUUCACGAGAACGAGACGUUUGGCUUGUACGAGCAACUCGUGGGACUGAUGUUGUAAAAGCCACGAGAAACCGUGGUCCAAGUUCGUCUCCCACUAACGGAAGUUCUUCUGAUGAGACAGAUAGUCGCUUGGAAAGUAAUAAUGGAAAACAAGUCAACGGAUAUGAUAAACAUUCUCAGAAUAGUACGACGGCUGUUAUACCGGGACAAGUAAGUCUAUUCCAACCAUUUGAAGGUGGAAAUGUGUUAUACGAAAAUCCUAUUGUGGAAGCCUAUUUUGACGCUCUUGUGAAUCCAUGGACAAGAGCGGAAAGGAUUGUUUUUCUAAAAAAAUUUCUUCAGUUCGGAAAGAACUUUCGUAAAAUUGCAACAUUCUUGGAGUAUAAGACAACGGAGGAUGUUGUUCGUUAUUACUUCAAGAACAAGCUAAAGUUGAAUCUGAAAUUAUUAGCUAGAGAAUACAUAGGUUCUAGGCAACAGUCUUGGAAAGCAUCUAGUGCAAUUCUUGCAACUAGUGGUUUUCCAGCAGAUAGUGUAACAAGGAGAUGGAUGAUGGACAAUUUUAAAGCAUUGAAAAAUAAGGAGUCUUUGAAUAACGUCUCAGAUUGUAAUUCAGGUUAUCUUAACUGGAGAAGGGAUUCAAGAGCUCCUCAUACUCUUGCCAGUAUAACAGGAACAAGUUUUGAAAUGCAAACAAAGAAGAUUCUGCGUGAACAUGGGUUACAGUCUAUCAGUGAGGAUCACACACCAACUUUUGAGAAUUCUACUGUUUGCAUUCCUGUUGGUAGAGAUGGAUACAUUUCUCCCUGUUAUGUGAUUGAAAAGAUAAAAGUAAGGCAACAAAAGGAAAAUCUUACGGAACGACGACGGAGUGGAGUCUGGAAAGUCCAAGGAAAGAUAAAGAAAAUGGAUGUUAAGAAAUAUCGUUGGACAAACAAAGAAAAGAAUGUUUUUUUCAAGCUCCUGAAAGAAUUAGGUUGUGACUGGGAAAAGAUAUCGGAACAAAUUCCUACCAAGUCUCCUCUUCAACUUCGUGCCUUUUAUGACGAAUACGUGUCACAGAAAGCAACGGAAGUUUCCGAAGGGGAUUCAACCAAUCCGAAUUCACCUUCUAUAGCAAGUGAUGGAGAGAUGGCUACUUUUACCAGGAGUUUGCGUAAGAGGAAGGAGUCUCAAGAGAAUUUAAGUACAAAGCGUUUUCGGCGAGUGGUUGGAGACAAUGAAUCAAAGGAAGACUUGAACGAUGCAGACAGUUAUGCACAGGACAGAGCUUCCGUGUCACAUAGUUGUAAGACAGAAAGAUUCCUAAGUGAGGACAAGAUGAACUCUCAGAGUUCAUUUGAUAGGGAUAUCUCAAAAGUUAGUAUUCCUAACGACUUGAAAGAUGAACAAAAGAAUGUUGAAGAUGACGCCAAUUCAGAUGAUACGAGUAGGAUCAGGCGUAGAACUCUCAAUGUUCAUGAUUUGUUGAGCGAAUAAAAUUAUCUAACAUUUUUUUUGGUUGG